AAAAAAAAAAAGUUAAUUCAACCGAAAAAGAGUGAAGAAAGAGCAGUGUUAUCAAGCAAGGGUUUAAGAAAAAUGGUGACUGUGACUAACAAAGCCGCAACAUUCACCACGAUGUCCGACAAAGUAAGACUCCGAUUACUAUUCGACGAUCGUCGCAUUCUCACCAAAUCAAAGAAGAAAGAAGGUUUAAAGCGUUGCUGGUUUCUUCUAAAACCCAAUCUCACUACCAUCUCCGAUCUCACCUCUCAUCUUCAAAACCUUUUCCGUCUCAACCGCACAUGUCCCGAUGGCAUCACCUUAUCGAUGGAUGGCUUUGUUUUACCAUCAUUUGAGUCGACUUGUAUUUUGAAGGAUAAAGACAUUGUGUGUGUGAAAAGAAAAGGAAGCUCGUUGACUGUUAGUAAAUCUGCAAUGCUGUUAUCUGACACACACGAGAAUCAAUCUAUAGAGGGUCCAAAGCUUCUCGCAAUUGAGGGGUUUCAAGAGGAAAAGGGAGAAUAUGAAAGUCUUUCCGAAGAUGAUGACGGUGACAAUGAUCAAUCUGAAGAUGUAGUUUAUGUGGAAACUAAACCGGAUGAGAAUGCAAACUCAAAGAAGAGAAAAGCGUCGAAGAAACUCAAGAGUCCUAGUCAGAAGAAGAUUAAGAUGUCUACUACCGAAAACACAGCUGUCCUUCCUGAGGAGGAAAAUGGAAAUUUUAAAGACUGUUCUCACCACCAAGUGAGUCGUGCCAAGAAGGACAUUGACAAGUCAUCCACUUUAUCUAGUCAGAAAAAAGACAAAAAUGGGUCAACAAGCAAUGAAACAAGGUCUCUUCAGCCCCACGAUGAAUGUGAAACUAAAAAGUUGCCUAGCAGAAGUGCUCGACGGAAAAAAGCCAAGAGAAAAUGGUUGAGGGAACUAAAAUUAAAGGAGAAGGAGAAGGAGAAGGAUAAGGAUAACAAUCAGGAGAAGGAUAACGAUAAGGAGAAGCAGAAGGAGAAGCUUCAUCCGAGUCAGGUACUUGAAAAAGAUGAUCAUCAAUUACCUACCAAAGAUAAUGAUUGCAUAGUUUCUGAUGUGCAUAAACAAUCUGAUGAAGAAAGCGGAGCAGAGGAUGACAUGGUUCCUGUGGAAAUCAGGCCAGGGCACAUUCGGUUUCUUCCCCAUGGAAAAGAUCUUGCAAUGCCAGAGAAUCAGCUCCCAGUGGACACAUUUCAGUGGAAGGGUACUACCAGCAAGAAGAAGGGCCAGAAAUGGGGUAAAGAGUUCUCAUCCCAUAAACAGGAUGACUACGAGCAGUCCAGUAAAGACUGUUCUACUGUUCAGUGGAAUAGUACUAUCAGCAAGAAGGGCCAGAAAUGGGGUAAAGAGAGGACCUCAUCUCAUAAACACGAUGACUAUGAGAAGUCCAGUCAAGACUGUUCUGCUGUUCAGUGGAAUGGUACUACCAGCAAUAAGGGCCAGAAAUGGGGUAAAGAGCUGACCUCAUCCCAUAAACAGGAUGACUAUGAGCAACCCAGUCAAAACUGUCCUACUGUUCAGAAUUAUGGGAAAAAACAGACAUUCGAUGCCGUAGAUUUUGAAAAGCUUACACCUUAUACAGACUUGCCUAAGGAAGGCAAUGUUAUUGCUUAUAGAUUGAUUGAAUUGUCAGAAUCUUGGACUCCUGAGAUCUCCUCCUUCAGAGUUGGGAAAAUAACGCAGUAUGAUAGUAAAUCAAACAAGAUAUGGCUGGAGCAAGUUUCUGAAUUUCCAUUUGAUUUUAGGAAGAAAAUAAAUGACAUAGAUGACGACAUAUCACCUGCACAGUAUGAUCCAUCCCCUUAUCAGGAAGAUGGUUCUUUAGAGAUCGAUUAUGUAUCUCUAGCUGAUGUUCGAAUUAUUAAGCAUGGCCACUCUGAUUUGGCAACUGUAGUUGCUUCUAGCAAUGCUUUUGUCACUCCUACAAAAGCAACUAACAAUAGCACUGAUGAAAAACUUGCGGGUAAUCAAAUUGCUGCGGGAAGCUCAAAGCCACAAAUGGAGGGCCAUGCCCCUACUAAAGAAAAUGGAGAAGUCAACGUUUGGGAGGAAAUCAACGAGGCAUUAAAAGCAAAGAAGGCCAGGCUGGCACAGGAGGAUCGCUGGAAGAAAGAUGACACUUCAGGCAAUAGGCCAUGGUCUCAGAGAGCGAGAUGCAGCGCACUUGGUCCCACAAUGGCACUUUUAAGGUCGCAGAAUGGCUUUAAGAAAUAAUCAUACACCUGAUCCUUGUUUACUGCAUGUCCCGUUUCCGCGGAUUAGUAUUACAUGUUUUUUGGGGGUAUAUAUAUAUAUGAACAAAUCACCCAUAUUUCCAUCUGUAAUGCAAGCUACAUGUCCUGAUUUCAGUAUGCUAGUGGGAAAAAUACUCGGGGGCUUAUUCUUAGUCCAGCUUUUGGUGUUAGUAGGUGCAUUCCUCCUGAAAAUGAAGCAAAAAAUCAAAUCAAUUGCUAGACAAAAUUUGGACACAGUCGCUUCUUUAGUGGCACAUAAUUUAUUGCUGUUAAUAUUGUGUA